UGCGGUUAGUAACUUUUUACCGACGCCAUUUUGUAGCGUCAUUCUUGUCCUUGUCUUGCUGUGUCGCGCACGCUAAGCGAAGAUAUCCAAAUUUGUUCUUUAUCGCACCAGGUAUUAAAGACCAAAAGCCAUCCUCAUGGAAAAUCAACCAGCUGCCCCUGCUGUAGAAUCGGCAGAACCUCAGCCAGGACCAAGUGGUGUUGAGCCGAUUGACGUUGAUAUUAUUGAGAUUGUCGAUAGCCCGGAACCCGGGUUCCCAGCUGGUGAAGAAGCUGCAGCCUUGCAACCCUACGGUGGGAACUUCGCGGCGGACACAUUUGAUUCAGACGUUGAUGAUUUUCUGGAUGAGGCGUUCGAACUUUUCAUUCUGCAACCACAACGUUGGCAACAGUUUCGGCAGUUUUGCUACAAUCCUUACUACAAUUCGUCGUUGAUGUUCGACAUGCCUCCUAUGUCGCCACAGCCAGUAGUUAUUAGCGAUGAGUCGUCAAGUGAUGAAGAAGACGAAAUGGAAACGCUUUUCAUCAUUUCAAGCGACUCGGAAAACGAAAAAGAUGACCAUGAGCCGGAUGGAGCUGAUGGGGAAAAAAUGGAACUAAAGGAUGGUGAAAAUGAGGACAGCGAGAACGCUGCGAUGGCUUUGGUCGAAAUGAGCCGCACGACUCGUCAAACCGACGAAGCAAACAAAGAGAACAUAGACCGCAGCAACAUAUCAAGCGAAAAAGAUCCGGGUGACUUGUCCGAGGGCGCGUACGGGUACGAAAAUGCCGACGAUAUUCCGCUACCCGAACUGCUCGAAAUCCACGGUAAACAAUUAGUCUCCGGGUUCGAGUUUGGCGAGGCAACGAAACGUCGCGCCCAACAAAACAUGCAAUCGGCUCGAAACAAAACACAAGGGAGGGAAGAACCGUCAACGUCCGAGUCCGCUGACGAUUCCAAAUUAACACAAGUGCACAAAACGCCACAUUCCCGCAAGCGGCAGCGCGUGGCUUCGGCGCGAACCAAGCGACAGUCCGAGAGAGAUUUCAGUAAAGUUUCCCGCCAAGUCCCCGAGUGCCUUCGGGGUCACCCCGAUUGCGUCGAGGUCUGGGAUUUCAUGAUUUACAAAGAGGAGGCUUUGCUCAAAUUGCGAAACCCGAGACUGUUUAACGACUUUAAAAGCGUUACGCCGCGCAUGCGGGCGAUACUUCUUGAUUGGUUGAUGGAAGUUGCCGCCGUUUACCACCUCAGGAGAGUCACGUAUUAUUUAAGUGUUGAUUAUUUCGACCGUUUCCUGUCUAUAAGACCCGAUAUCCCCAAAAGUCUGCUACAGCUAGUGGGGAUCACUUGUUUGUACAUUGCUGCCAAAGUCGAGGAGAUUUAUCCUCCGAAUCUUAACGAAUUUUCCUACGUCUGUGAUGGCGCAUGCCAAUCCAAAGACAUGAUCUCGUGUGAAGUUUUAAUUUUAAAUAGUUUAGGUUGGGAGGUUGUUCUCACAACGCCUACUGACUGGCUUAAUUUAUACAUGCAGUUGCACCAUAAGAGUACUGAUAUCGUCCGAACUAAACUCAAUAUGGACUUCAAUAAAGACUUCGUUUUUCCACAAUAUUCCGCCUAUCAGUUCACUCGUGCUUCGCAACUGAUUGAUUUGCUGUCACUUGAUCCCGGAUUUCUUAAAUUUGGAUACAGUGUGAUUGCUGCAGCCGCAAUGUACUACAUGUACGGACGCGACAUCGCCUUAGCUGUCUCAGGUUUCGAUUGGUCGCAACUGGAGCCUUGCGUCGACUACAUGGAGGUGUUCUACAUAAUUAUUAAAGACGCCCCCGAUCCGCGUCUGUACUCCUGUCUCGGUGGCCCUCAUCCCGAGGAAAUGAGCCGACUUUCGGCCGGGCUUCUCCGCCGGGUGCAAUCGGGACCCCAAAGUGAAAAUUACUCGUUUCAAACCCACAUUGCCAGCAUGGAGUACUUUGAGACAGCAACAAUCUACAGAUUGAAUAAAUUACGGCCUUCUACUGCUAAUGAAGAUACCACAAGUGUUCCUGCAACAGAGGAAAACAAUGAAACGGUUGAUUUGACUGAAGAACUUGAGAAUUUAACGGAGCUGGCAAAAGAGGAUGCCAGCGCUACUACUGUUGACCACAAUUUGAUGACUUUGGACGAAAUUUUUGAGCUUAUUUUAGGCCAAGAAGGGAGUAAGGAUUCUAGUUAGGGGUUUAUGUUGUUACUAUUGUUCGUAACUAGUUAAGAUGUGUAUUUUAUGACUUGUUCUUAAGUGUUAGUUUCCUCGUUCGUAUUAUUUAUCUCACUACACUAGUGCCUUUUCUAAACUGUGAUCAAUAGUUUUAAAUAUUGAGAUCUAUUUGUAAAGAAGCGUUGUAACCUUUGUAAAUUUUUGCUAAACAUUUCACUUCAAUUUUAGUCAUAGACAAAUCAUAUUUAUUAGCAUAAAUUAGUCAAUUGUAAUAUAUUCGAUUUUAACUUAAUUGUUUUAGCGUGACGCGAGAUCUAUGAUGUAACUUUUAUAGCGUUUGGUGUCGUUCCAGUUUUAGUCAAGCAAAUUGUUUUGGAUUAUUUUAAUCGUAAUUUAGAGUCUUGUAGUCACUUAAAAAGACUGUAUUUUAUACAUAUUUUUGUAUAUUUGGAAUUUGAAAUAAACUGUUUUGGUAC